AUGGCGGGCCGGGUUAAAGCCAUGGGCCGGGCGCUGGAGGACCUGAGCCGGGACUCGGGCUACGGCGGCACCGCCGACUCGCUGCACUCGUCCAGCCUGUCGCUGAGCGAGGCGGUGGCGGCCGGCGCUGCCCAUGAGGCUGAGGCCGAGGACAUGGCGGGGCUGGAGUGCAGCCGGUUGCCGGAGCUGGAGCCGCCGCCAUGGGACGUGCAGCAGCUGCGGGCCGCGCUGGGCCGAGAGCAACCGGCGGGCCGCUGGCCACAGCGCUCGCUGCUCCGCCUGUCGCGACUCCUGGGCCGGCCGCUGGUGCGCCUGGCCCGCGAGGCCCAGCGCCUGAGCCGCCGCUUCGCCCGUUGUGGCAGCGCCGAGCUGCGCGGCGCCCUCCGUAUCGUGCUGCCCUGGCCGCUCGCCCGCCGCUGCUGCUCCGCCGGCCUGGCCGCCCUAUCCCUCUACAGCAUGAACGGAGCCCGCGGCUUCGGCCUGGGCAAGGCGGCCCGCUGCGGCCUGGCGCUCUCCGUCGGCCGCUUCUUCCGAUGGAUGGCCGACAGCCGCCUGGCGCCGCGCAUUCACCCCCACGCCGCCGUCUACCUGGUCGCCGCCAUGGAGUGUCUGCUUCUGGAGCUGGCCACCCGUGUCGGGCCGCCGCCCGGCCCUGGCCCCGUCACCAUCACCCCGCAACACAUCGACCGCUUCCUCGCCACCCAGCCCGACCUGCGGGGCCUCUGCCAGCACCACCGCCACCUGGACUGUGCCCGCACCGCCCAAGGAAUCCUCGUCCUACCGGAGACCCUGGAGCUGGACUCGGUGGUGGGCAAGUCGGGGGGUUCCCUGAUCUACAGCCAGGCCGAGGUGCGCAGCAUCGAGCAGACGUUACUGGUGACCCGCGUGGGAAGCAUCGCCGAGCUCAGUGAGCUGGUGUCCCGGGCGAUGCAACACCUCCAUCGUAUGAAGUGGUGGGACUGCGGUGACGGUUCGCCGGCCAGCCACAGCCACAGGCACGGGCCGCUGCACUGGGACACUGAAGCUCUCUACACCCUCUGCUACUUCAUGCAGUCUGCUCAGCUGGAGUGGGACAGCCCCGGUGUGGAGCCGGGCACUGUUAGCCUGAGCACCGACAGGCCACUGCCGGUACUGCCGCCGCUGAUGGAGUGGCUGCGAGUUUCCGUGGCCCAAGCCCUGCAUCGCCGGAGCCCGUCGGUGGACAGCGACGAUGUCCGACAGGCUUCCCGCGUCCUGCUGCCCGGAGUCGAUUGUGAGCCUCGCCAAUUGAAAGCGGACGAGUGUUGCUGUGCCUCGCUGAAGCUAGACGCGGCUGCCACAGAAGCCAAAUUUCACCAAGGCCUCGGGUUCCGCAUGUUGAACUGCGGCCGCACCGACCUGGUCAGCCAAGCCGUGCGCUUGCUGGGGUCGGACGGCAUCAACACUCGCAGUGAGCAGGGUCUGAGCCCGCUGAUGUUCGCCUGUGCCCGGGGAGACGAGGCUAUGGUCCAGGUGCUGCUCGACGCCGGAGCAGACGUGAACCUUGAGGUGCCCAGUCCAUCCCUCAGAUUCCCCUCCAUCGCUGCAGACUCCCGCCACUGGACGGCUCUCACACUCGCAGUACUGCACGGACACGUCGCCAUCGCUCAGCUGUUGCUGGACGCUGUGGCCCAUGUGGACGGCUCCCUUGGGGCAGGUGGUGAGAAUUACUCUGAGACCCCGUUGCAGCUGGCGUCCGCGUCGGGUGACCUGGAGCUGGUCAGCUUGCUGCUGGAGCGAGGCGCUGACCCGAUGAUGGGGACAAUGUCCAGGAACGGCAUCACCUCCACGUCCCACGGGGACAUGAGCCCCUUCAGCCAGGCCGCUGCCCACGGGCACAGGAGCGUGUUCCGUAAGCUGCUGGCACACUCGGAGGAGGAGAUGAGGAAUGUGCUGUCGUUGGAGGAGAUGCUGGCGGAGGGGAGGGAGCUGCCGGGGGGUUGGGAGCAGCCGGUGGCUGAACCCACUCUGGCCACCCCCAGUCACGGUGCCAAGGUCCGGCUCGCCGUUCUCAAGGAGGCUCUUUACCACAGCGCCGAGCACGGCUACCUGGACAUCAGCCUGGACUGCAGGGGCCGCGGCGUGCCGUGGAGUCUGCACUCGUGGUUCCUGUCGCUGGAGACGGCCUUCGUGCAGCAUCGGCGGCCUGUGAUCCAGUGCCUCCUGCGGGAGUUCGGCAGCUUGAAGGAGGAGGACGUCCAGCGGCAGCUGUUGCUCGAGUGCCUGCCCCUGCUCUUCGACAUCCUGAGGGUCAGCAAGAACGAAGCCAUCAGUGAGCAGCUGGCGGCGAUCCUCGCCCAGUGUUACGGCCCGUUCCCCAUCCCGAGGUUCGCGGAGAUCAAACGGAAACACAUCUCCCGCUUGGAUCCGCACUUUCUUAACAACAAGGAGAUGUCCGACGUCACCUUCCUGGUGGAAGGGAAACAGUUCUACGCCCACCGUGUGCUCCUCUUCACUGCCUCGCCAAGGUUUAAGAUGCUGCUGUCCAGCCGAAUGCCCUCGGACAACCCCUGCAACAUUCUCAUCGAAAUCGGACACAUCAAGUACAACAUCUUCAGGAUGGUGAUGCAGUAUUUGUACCACGGUGGCACCGACAGCCUGCAGAUUCGGAGCUGCGACGUGUUGGAGCUGAUGUCGGCGGCGCGCUUCUUCCAGCUGGAGUCCCUGCAGCGGCACUGCGAGCUGCUGUGUGCACGCACCAUCAGUGUGGCCAACUGUGUGGAGACGUACAACCACGCCAAGUUUCUCGGCGCCGCGUCGCUGGCCGCCUUCUGCGAGGGUUACUUCCUGAAGAACAUGGUGUCGCUGAUGGAGAGCGAGGCGUUCCGGAGGCUGCUCUACUCGCCCGCCGAGGAGCCCAGCGGCCGCGACGUGCUGCGGGACCUGGAGCUGGCGUUGGCCGCGAGGAUCCAGUCCAUUCACCUGUCCUCCUGCAACGGCUCCAUCGUGUGAGCGGCGAGUGCCCAGAGCCCGGCUCCGAGCGGAGGCGCGGACUCCAGCGCACACACUGCCUGUCUUGUCCCGCCUGUGGGGACCGGGAUUGCCCGCUCCGCCAGCCGAGCGGAGUUGCAGCUUGUUCACGACCGAGAACCUCGUGUCCCCCGUCGGCCGAGUGCCCGAGACCACGCCGGGCCGUGGAUCUGUCAAGUCUGGGUGGAGAUGGUGCCCUCAUCCCCAGCAUCCGAGAUCAGCUGGUGAAUCUCAAACUAUGCAAGAUUACAGAAUGCAUCUGAUCGAGGAUAUGAUAAAAUAUACAUCCAUAUCUUUCUUUAAUAUUCCUUGUACAAGUAUUUGUGAUAUCACUCAAAUAUUUGAGCCGCGUUUGUGGUAAAGGUUGUGCAUGUUACAGGAACAUGGGCUUGUGGACAGAUGGUGAAAUUCUGCCGCCUUCAACCUUCACCCCGCGGCAGCAGCGACAAGAUUAUUUAUUUAAAAUCUCUUCACUCUGCAGAAAGCAGCAAUAUUCAGGAAGUGAUAUAUUUUGAUAGAAUGAAAGUAUAGCUUGUAAAAUAGAUUAGUAAAAUCGAUCUUUUUUUUAUAUAAAGUUGGUUUAAUGAAA